AUGUCAAAAAGCUGGGAAUUACUUUCACAAAAUUAUUUAAAUUUAUUAGAGUCAGCUGAAGGUCAUGACCUUAUAAUAAAUGUUGGAAUUAUAGAAAUCGAAAAUCAAGAUGGUGUAUCUAUUUUGAAUCUUUUAACCGCCGCCGAUGAAAUCAUUUUACCUGAUUUUAUUGAAGAAGUUCAAAAAUAUCUAAUCGAAAAUCGUUCUCAGUGGAUACAAGAACAAUUUUACACUGUUCUCGAUUUCGCAUUUAGUCAAACAAUUUAUAAAUCUCUUCAAAAUUUUUGUCUAAGUUUAAUAUGUUCGGAUCCCCCAUUACUUUUUGAUUCGGAAUAUUUUUAUUAUACGGAUAUUAAUUUAUUAACGGCUUUACUUCAACGAGAUUAUCCUAGUGAAUGGAAUCAAGAAUUAUGGAAUAAAUUUCAAAAAUCUUUAUCACCUUGUAUUCCAUAUAUUCGAUUUAGUUUAAUGACCCCCGAACAAUUUCGUGAAAAAGUUUGGCCAUUUAAAAAACUUUUAAGUCAAGAAAGGGGAAUGGAUGAAUUAGAAAUGUUUAAAGUCACACAGAAACCAAUGUUUGGAUUAUCAUGUUAA